UUAUUCCUCCUUCAUAGCGUCAUCAAACCACGCCAUUGUUUUCGCCAUUGCCAUCUAGCGACGGGUUUUAUAAAUCGCGCUUUUAAGUGAGGCGUCGGUGUAAAAGGAUUUUUUUCCAUUUAUUUGUAAAAUAGUAAUUUAAUGAAUCAACAAACUCGUUACGUCUUAUUUUGUUAUGUAUAGUCUAUAAGAAUAUGGCAUAUUAAAAGGUACGUUAAUAAUUAUCAUUACAGUAUAAAGGCUGUGCACAUUGUGCCCCCUUAAAAAAUGGUGCAUGAUGCCCCUGAGUGCAAAACAUGUUAGAUAGCUAUAUUGGCAUGUUUUAUUUUCCAAAAAUAAACACAGUCUAUUAACAAAUAAACAAACCUUACCUAUGGAAAAGAUGAUAGCCGACGCCGGUUACUCGUCAAAAUGACAAUGGAGAGAAACGCGAUUGGUCAAAAGUAAAACACAGGAGAGAAACGCGAUUGGUUAAAAGUGAACGUUUUUAACCUUGUUAGAGUUAAUCUGACGUCAUCCGCAUGUGAGUUCUAUUCGCGCCAUGGAAACGUUUAUUACGUCAUCCAAUUACCUCGUUGCCAUGGCGAAUGGAAUGUUUUGAUUCUAUUCAUAUCACUGAUUCUCUGAGCGCAAGCUAACGAAAUCAUUGACAGCACUUACAGACUUUACAGUCACUCAAACCUUUUAUACAAAACCUUUAAACUAACCUCUAUUUUAAGCGACAAGUCAACCGACAGUCGUAAAAUAGACGGAAGUAGACAAACAAUAUCAUGUCUACACCAAAAGAUGAGCUCGUUAACGGCGGUGCACGCAGGUUGAAAAUCUCUGCAAGUGCAGCCGAACGAGUUAUCUUUUUCCUUCCCGGUGCUGUUCCGGAAGAGGAAUUAAGCCCAGCUGCUGUUAGACAAAAUACUAUUUUGUCUACUCCAGCUCAUUGGCCCGUGACUGGCAGCGGUGCACGUGAUGCUCAACGGAGGUUGAGCAUCUCUGCGCCUGCAGCCAGUCACCUGAUGUUUGCUCUUCCCGGUGCUGUAGCGGAUGAUGAAUGGAGCCCAGAAGUUGUUAGACAAAAUACAACAUUGUCUACUUCAGCUCAAGGGCUUGUGACUGGCAGCGGUGCACGUGAUGCUCAACGGAGGUUGAGCAUCGCUACACCUGCAGCCAGUCAGAUGAUAUUUGCCCUUCCCAGGGCAAUGGAGGAUGAGGAGUGGAGCCCAGAAGCUCAUGGACUCAUGAAUGGCAGCGGAGAACGAGGCGCUCAACGGAGGUUGACCGUCUCUUCAUCUGCAGCUGAUCGAGAGUCCAUUGUGUCUUCUGGGGCUUCAGUGCACCACACAAUAGACACGGUGGAGAGGAGUACAGUAGAACAAAAAACAAAAUCACAAAAAAAGAAAGGAAAAAAGGGGAAGAAAAAGGGAAAAAAGGCGGCUAUCCGUUCUUUCUUCCAAAAAUCAUGGCAAGCUAUAAUUCAGACAUUCUGUGUCUGCCAUAAUGAGGAAGACCUGGAUCCAUCUGACCCACCUGAUCCAUCUGAUCCUCAGCCAGGUCCAUCCGGCCUGGAGCCAUGUGCCCGUAGAGAUCAUGCCGAUCUACUCAAGCCAACGGGCUAUCACGAACCAGACUAUUGCCUGUCUGGUUCUUAUACCUUGGACAAAACUGAAAUCCAAGAAGAGACUGGUCCCAAACAUGAUGGUCCCUUCGACCAGGAGCUUCGUGCUCAACCGGAUCAGACUUCAAGUCAGUCAUGCCUUUUUGGCCUGCAGAGGGCUCGUGAAGACAAUCGGCAAUAUAGUCCCUUCGGACUUGAGUCGACGAGCUAUGAAGGGCGGAACAAAUGCCUGUUUCGUUCAUUGAAUACCUUGGAUACAACUGAUAUCCAAGAAGAGACUGGUCCCAAACAUGAUGGUCCCUUCGACCAGGAGCUCCGUGCUCAACCGGAUCAGACUUCUAGUCAGUCAUGCCUUUUUGGCCUGCAGAGGGCUCGUGAAGACAAUCGGCAAUAUAGUCCCUUCGGACUUGAGCCGGCGAGCUAUGAAGAGCGGAACAAAUGCCUGUUUCGUUCAUUGAAUACCUUGGAUACAACUGAUAUCCAAGAAGAGACUGGUCCCAAACAUGAUGGUCCCUUCGACCCGGAGCCCCGUGCUCAACCGGAUCAGACUACUAGUCAGCCAGGCCCAUCCGGCCUGCAGAGGGCUCGUGAAGACAAUCGGAAAUAUAGUCCCUUCGGACUUGAGCCGGCGAGCUAUGAAGGAACCUUUGAAAUGCCUCUCUGGUUCAUUGAUUCCUUGGACACAACUGAUAUCCAAGAAGAGACUGGUCCCAAACAUGAUGGUCCCUUCGACCCGGAGCCCCGUGCUCAACCGGAUCAGACUACUAGUCAGCCAGGCCCAUCCGGCCUGCAGAGGGCUCGUGAAGAUAAUCGGAAAUAUAGUCCCUUCGGACUUGAUCCGGCGAGCUAUAAGGAACCUUUGAAAUGCCUCUCUGGUUCAUUAUGUUCCUUGGACACAACUGAAAUCCAAGAAGAGACUGGUCCCAAACAUGAUGGUCCCUUCGACCCGGAGCCCCGUGCUCAACCGGAUCAGACUACUAGUCAGCCAGGCCCAUCCGGCCUGCAGAGGGCUCGUGAAGAUAAUCGGAAAUAUAGUCCCUUCGGACUUGAUCCGGCGAGCUAUAAGGAACCUUUGAAAUGCCUCUCUGGUUCAUUAUGUUCCUUGGACACAACUGAAAUCCAAGAAGAGACUGGUCCCAAACAUGAUGGUCCCUUCGACCCGGAGCCCCGUGCUCAACCGGAUCAGACUACUAGUCAGCCAGGCCCAUCCGGCCUGCAGAGGGCUCGUGAAGAUGAACAUCGUCCAUGCUCUGAACAGGAGAAAAGUGAUGAAGCUGAAGCUGACCCUGAACCAUCUGACCUGCAGUUAAAUUACCGGCCUGGAAGAAUAUUUAAAUUUCAUUAUGAAAUGGGAAGACAUAUAGGAAGAGGUGCCUUUGGUAAUGUUUAUGAAGGAAGACGCAUGUCUGAUAACAAAAAGGUCGCCAUCAAAAUAAUCGAGAAGUCGUUUAGGAACCGGUACAUCGAACUUCCUGAUCACCGCAUGCCUUUGGUUGCAGAAGUGGCUAUAAACCAGCUUUUACUCAAACCGAAGAAAAGCCCACACAUUGUGGAAAUGUUGGACUGGUUUACUGAAGAUGAUGAGCACAUCAUGGUUUUAGAGUAUCCGGCUCCCUGCGUGACCCUGACGAAGUUUAUAAGAGACAAACGUCGCAUCUCUGAAGAGCUGGCACGUGAUUUUAUGCACCAAGCAAUCCUCGGUGCUAAAGACUGCUUUAGGCGCGGUGUCUACCAUGGUGACAUAAAGCUUGAUAACAUCCUGAUCAAUACAGACACGAUGAAGCUCAAGUUAAUCGACUUUGGAGUCAGCAAACUUACGAAAGCUUGUACCGUUCGAGGCGUGGACAAAGAGGAGCUAGGACCUUGUGUUGCAGAGACGAUCUGUUCUUUGGGUGCUUUACUUUACAAAAUUCUGCAUGGAGACGAUCAGACUAAACCAUAUUAUGCAUUCAGCAAAAGUGAUCGGGCUAGAACUUCAUCCAAAGAGUGUGAAGAAUUCAUGGAUCUGUGUUUUCAGGAUGAUGGAGGCAGAAAGCCAAAAUUAGAUGAUCUCCUAAAACACCCAUGGAUGAAUAAAAAAUAAAUAUUGAGUUUAUAUUUUUAUGAAAAUGUUAUUUAUUCAUUGAUGACAAGAACAAUAAAAAAACUAUUGAAAUUUCUAUUUUUAAAAA